AUGUCCUCAAUAUCCUCCCUCUGUUCCGCGCUGCAGACCUCCACGACACACGUCGUAGACGGUCUGCGCAACUUCGUCACGUAUUAUCCGCAGGCGAGGCUGGACCUCGCUAGCUUGUCCCGGGAGCUCGCGGAGCUGCAGAUGGUAGCGAGGCUGCUGCAUCACAACGCCCAGGCUCUGGAGUCCGGAAGCGCGCCGCUGCCGGGAAGGUUGGACGAGGCGAUCAAGGGGGUUGUUAGUGAGGCUGGGGAGUUGUUGGAGGAGGCGGAUGACGCGUUGGAUACGGGAAGGACGGCAGAGGAGAGGACGCCCUCUUGGUUGGAACACACUGCCGAGAGAGCCAUCAAUUCUCAGCCUCAUGAUGGUGAGAGAGAACUUCCCGGCUACAGCAGCUCUCAGAUUCUUCAAGAGGCAUCAACUAUCCGCUCACGCUUCCUCCAAGAAUCGGACAGCGAAGACCCUCGCGUUGAGAGCCAGCGAUCCAUUAUUACAGAAUUCAUCGAAGCCACUCAAGACUUCAUCUCUGAAAGCUCAUCUGCUGCUCCACCACCAAUUGAUGACGCCGAGAGUCGAGAUCACAGCAACAGCAGCAUCGCUCAUCCAGAAACAAUUGCGUCGUCUCCUCACUCAGAGACGAACGAGCCGCCUAUUCCGGACUACAACGCCAUCGGUAUAACCUCUACAACGCCCCUCCGCAUCUCACUCCGCCACCUCGCCAAGAAAGAACUCUCCAACCAUGAAGUCGUCGAAACCGCGUAUGUAUCUCGCCACAACGCCCCCGCAAUCGCAAUCUCAACCCUCGAGUCCCCUACGCGAUUCUACGACACAAAAGCCAAUCAAGUUUCCUGCCUGCAGAACCAGCACGGCGUCAACAUGAUCUUCUCGCGCAAUGGUCGUCAGUGGGCAUAUCUUAGCGAGGAGGAUGGCAAGGGUCUCAAUGCGGCGAGCCAUGAUGGCAUCAACUUCAAGAAACCGGUUGUUUACCUUGGCGACUACAUUAAUGGACGGAAAAUCGCAGUUUGUAAAUGGCCUGGUGGAAAGCCACUGGCGUUCUCGCAGGACGGGAACUGGCUUGCGGUGGGAAGCACGAGAGGUCGGGUUGGGCUCAUGGACUGCAGUGCGAAUGUCAACAAGGCGAGCGUCGUGAUUCCAUGUCAUAUGGAUGAGGUUACACACGCGGUGUUCACACCAGACAGCAAGCUUCUCAUCACACAGUCUCGUGACGGCACGAUUCGUAUAACCAACGUAGAAACCCGCGCAUCGAUCGCCAAGCUCGAGACCGAUACAUGGAAGAAGCCCAUAUUCCUCGGGACGUCGCCCGAUGGAGAAGUCAUCGUUUCGUUAUGGGGCGAUACGGUGUUCCACUGGAAUCACGGCACCGCAGCCCUCGAGUCGUACAACCUCAGCGGGCGAAGAACACGCGAGGGCUGGCCCAUCGCUGUAUCGGCGGACUGUCGCUUCUUGUGCUGUAGAACAGAUGACGGUGUCGAUAGCGGGUUUGUCACGGCGGCGUCGUUUAGUUGGGAUGGGAAAUACUUGAUUCUUGGAAAGGCGGCGUCGGGGAUGGGACUCAAGAUGGGGACUUCGACUUUGGAUGUUUGGGAAUUGGUAUUCUAG